AUGAGUCUUUCGCAAACCUCCUAUCUCGCACAGACAGCCCGCAAGAAGCUCCGCCGAGAAGGGUCGCGAGCCAACCACGACCUACGCAUGGUGGUUGGUCACGCCAAUUUCCUCCAUUCACUGAUAAUCGAACUUGCGAAGGCGGAAGAACAGUUCUGGGUCAGUCCUACUGUUAAUAACGUCGCCAAAGGUUCACAACACUCUAGUCUGGAGGCGCAGGCAUUCGCUGAGUACACCCUAGAGCACCGAAAACCCGAAAUCUUCAGCAAAGUUGAGAUCUAG